GCGUCUCUUGCACAAACACCAUAGGAUCUUAUACAUGUGGCCACUGCCCCAGUGGGAUGCAGGGUGAUGGUAGAAAGUGCAAAUAAUUAUAAGCCAAUGACUGGGAAUAAGGGAAUCACACAUACAGUCAUUGGGUAUAAUAAUAAGAAGAAGAGGAAGAGGAAGAGGAAGAAGAGGAAGAGGAAGAAGAGGAGGAAGAGGAAGAAGAGGAAGAAGAGGAAGAAGAAGAAGAAGUCGGGGUGGAUUUAAAGCAAUAAUACCACCCAAGAAAGGAAAUGGUGUGUGUGUGAGAGGUCCCCUCAUAAAAUGCAGGCCUUUGGGCAUUUUUAAAUUACCCCACCCAUACGCCUGGGAUAGGUUUUGGUAUAGUGGUUGAGGUUUGGACUGCAACCCGGGAUAUCAGGGUUCAAAUCUUCCCAAUAGCCAUGGGCUGCAGGCUUAGAACUAAUUAUGGGAGAGGAGGCUGCACAAGCCUGUCGAGCCUCAACAGGCCCUAUCCCCCCCCUUUGGUUGCCAAGGCUGGGUGUGAGUUCAGCCUAGGUAGGGGGUGCAAGACUGUGAAGGAUGUGGUUGACACAUUGGCAGCCUCUCUUGGCCAUUGUGCAGGGUUCUUUGGUUAGGCUUACGGCCUUUGCAUGACUCGGGCCUAUAUUAAGUUCAAGGUACUUUAUUCUAUUAAUUUUAUUACAUGGUGGCUGCUUUGGGGGGUGCAGAGCUCUUUGGUUAGGCUUCUGACUUCCUGCUAGGCCCAGGAAUAUAUUAGGUUGAGGUAGCUAAUUUUAUUGUUAUUAUAUUACAUGUGGCCUUUGUAGGGCCGGGUGAGCCUUUUGGGCCUUUCAGUCUUCAGAUUUGGAUACUAUGGUGUGCAGAGAUGACAGGGUUUGCUAGAAAACGUCUACAUCACCAUAACUUAGAUGACAGUGAUCCUUUUCCACGUGUCAGUUACACUUUCCUUGUUAACUAUGAGAUAGAAGUUGCAUUUAUUUGAAUUUGGUCUCAUAUCAACAACAAAGCAUAUGGCAUUUGUUAUAUUCAAAGAGGAAUAUGUAAACUUCUGCAGGGAAUUGAAGGUCUAGCAGAUGAUAAUGUGGCUUGAUGGGUGGAUAGGAAUAAAGAGGAAAGACAGGCUACUUAUUAGGCUCUUAUCCUCAUUUCUAGGAUUUUAGACCUUACUAAAACAGGGGGUGGUCUUGACAGGAUCUUAGACUACUGUGACACGGAAGCUGCCUUUUAAGAUUCAGGCAGACUCUUCAUUCUUUCUUGAUGAUUUUACAACAACAUUUCUGAUAUCAUUUACCUGAAGUCAUAUAUAGCAUGCAACUUUUACAUUGGCAUGUCUGUUUUAAUAUGUAGGAUAUCAGUUACUUGAAAUCAAUAUAGCAUGCAAAUUUUGCAAUUUGAACACCUAUUCUGAUUGGUGCUUUGGAAACCUGCUAGGAAAAAGCUGCAGUGGGUCCAACUAUUGGUGACAGCAGCAUAUCCUCAGUCUCUGUGCUUUGGGGUAACUGGGUUAGCUGCAACAAAAUAGUAGUUUGUAAGGUGUACUUACUCAUAAAUGAUUUCCUUCCCUUUGCAGAAGGAUAUGUGCAACAGUGAGAUAAGAGGCAAGAGGCCUUCAAAGGGGUUAGAAGAAGCCACCAGCAUAAGCUGCUCAGAUGAGGACAGUGCUGAUGUGACUGAAGCUUUCAUUACUAAUAAUCAGAAUACCAAAGGUGAACAGAAGAAGAAUGAAGGUCAUGGAGCAGUUCUGCCAUCUAUUACUAACUGUGCCAACAGACCUUGCUUUCCUGGAGCUGUCUGCAUUGACCGUAAGCCUCCAAAUACGGGAUACUUCUGUGGCCGAUGUCCAACAGGUCUCUCUGGAAAUGGACGAGUCUGUACAAGAACAUUGAGAGCAGUGUCAAGAUCUACCCAAAGUUUGACUGAUGUACCUGUGAAAGACAUCGGGGAAGUGAAAGUUUCUUCCACUCAAGGUGGCAUAAAGAAAUCACAAAAUACUGAGUUGAGACUCUCACAAGUCCACAUCUCCAAACCAGAAACAAUUCUCCAUACAGCUAGAUAUCCCAUCACUGUUGAUAUUCAACCACUAACCAAGGAAAGAGUGGAGCCUCUGACUCAUGCAUCAUCUGUGAAGAAGCUGCUUCUGAAUUCCAAACUGUCUCACAGACCCUUUUCGUCAAAUGAAGCAAAACAUAUCACCCAGAGCCACCUUCUACACCAAAAAGGUAAAGCAGCUCAUCAAGAGGCAGCCCAGAUGUUAUCAGAAUAUGAGAUUUAUGCCCAGUCACAUACUAGAAGCAAUGUUUCCACUCAACAGGAAAUCAAUGCAAGGCCGCAUGCUGUUCAGCAGAUUCAUACCUCAUUUGGCACACAGUCUUCUGGAAAACAGUCUUUUGGGACUUCAACUUUACAGGCUGGAUCUGCUCAUGGUUUUAAAGCAGACCACCCAAGAACAUCUGUUUUAGUGACACCAUUGGCCUCCUCAUUCCAUUUGAAAGCUACUUUUUCUGCUACAGCCCCGCAAGGCACCAGCCACCCAGCAGGGGGUUCUGCAAAAUCAAAGGCAACAGGGUGGACAGCUUUGGCCAGAAAGCCAUAUGCCUCCACAGUCAAUCCUUUAGUACUUUCCACAUCCCUUAAUAGGUUGCUUCUUGAGAAGAAAGUCACCUGUGUUGAUACACUGUGUUUUAGUGGUGUGCGUUGUGAGUCAACAGAGCACAGGGAAUUCAGAUGUGGACCCUGCCCCUUCGGGUACAGUGGUGAUGGAAUUCAAUGUCACGCAUUUUGUGAUCCACCAUGUGGGAAUGGAGGAACAUGCAUCGCUCAGAAUAUCUGCUCCUGUGUUUAUGGAUUUGUUGGUCCUAGAUGUGAAACAUUGGUGUGUAACAGGCAUUGUCACAAUGGUGGGAAAUGUGUUGCACCCGAUGAAUGUGAAUGCAAACCUGGAUGGAGCAGCCCUUUCUGUGAGACAGCUGUUUGCAAUCCUGUUUGCCUAAAUGGCGGAACCUGCAUUCGGCCUAAUAUAUGUUCUUGUCCUUAUGGUUUCUUUGGACCUCAGUGUCAGUCUGCUUUCUGCAAUCCUCCUUGUAAGAACAAUGGACAGUGUAUGAGAAACAACAUGUGCUCCUGCAUGGAGGGUUAUGUUGGAAGAAGGUGUCAGAAAAGUGUCUGUGAUCCUAUGUGUAUGAAUGGUGGGAGAUGCAUCAGCCCUGAUGUUUGUGACUGCCCAUCUGGCUGGAAAGGAAAGCUUUGCAGUAAACCUCUUUGUCUGCCCAGCUGCUUGAAUGGCGGUCAGUGUAUAGGACCCAACAUCUGCCAGUGCUCAGGAGGAUGGGUGGGCCUCUUGUGCCAGAUUCCUGUUUGUGAGCCCAAAUGCCAGUUUGGGGGCAGAUGUAUCAAGCCAAAUGUUUGUGCCUGUAGAAGUGGAUAUGGUGCUUUAAACUGUGGAAAGAAGGUUGAAAUAGGUGGGGAGUGUUUAGCUCUGUCAAUCUGGAUUUGAAGAACAAGGAGUCUCCUACAUUGGGAAAUAAUAGUCAUAAUGCUCCUGACAUCUCUCCCAGGAGGGGGGAACUUUCCCAGAGGAUUUAUAAUGCUAUCCAGAAACUAGGGCAGAAUGGGAAUUCUUGGUAAAAAAAAAUGUUCUUUUUACACCGAAUUGGCUAAAAGACAAGGGCACCUAUAAUUGCAUCUUGGCACCUAAGCAAAUCCCUGUCCCUCUUCUCAUUUUAAGCCAGAAAGGGAAAAGCAAUCACUGGAUAGACAGGCUAGAAGAUUGACUUCCCUCGCCUGACACAAACCUCUGGUCUCAUUGUCCAGUUGGUAGCACUAAAAGUUAUAACUAUGUACUAUUAAUAGUCUUUCUAAAUACUGGGUAAGAAACUACUGGAGGCAGGGAUGGGAAAGAAAUUCCAUUCAGUUUGCAUUUUAAUGCAAAUCUAUCUAAUUUGCAUUUCCCCAAACUAUGCGAAACGAAAUGCAUUUAUUUUUUGAAAUUCACACUUCUCCACAUUUUGCAUUGUAGUUCUCUAACCAAAUAAUGUGCACAGAUAUGUGCAUAUGUUAGUGAAUAUAACAUACAAAAAUGCAUUAUAUAAAAUUGCUUGCAAAACUAUAUGGAUUCUGAGAAAUGAACAUUAAAAUGACAAAUUUCCAUGAGGACUUAAAAAAAUCACAAACUGAACUGAAUUUAAGACUGGAAAAAUGAGUAGCUGAGAGAUACCACACUUGACAGACUCAUCCAUCCUUAGACAGGGAGGGACCACUUAACUCCCUUAUUCAUUUGUUAGGGCACAAGUGGCAUGAUCUUUAUCUGAAAUUUUCAGUCUGAAAUAAGUAGGUAGGUGUGUUCUCUUUUAUUUUUAAAGUUUUCCACAAGUUUCAUUUUUCAUAAUGCUAGAGACAUUUCUCAGGGAAGCAGGAGAGGGGUCUAUACAACCCUUAAUUUCCUUGCUUUCUUUUGCCUUCCCUGCUUUUCAUAUCUUUCCAAUUGACUUGAAAUAUAAUAAAUUGAAUGUUACUUUACAGGCAUAGCAGUAUGUGGCAGCGGUGCUAGGUUAUAUGUUGGGGGAAUUUGUAAUAGCGUGCAAGAUAUUGCAGUGACGAAGGGUUUUAUUCAAGCAAGUUUGGGCACAAACCACAUGUAAUAUGCCAUGGAAAGCUUUGGAGUUGAGCAUGUGGCCACAGCUGGGAGGCAAUGGCUGAUUAAUCCUUUCCUGCCAUUUGUCUGCUCAAAAAGUUGGUUUAGUAUGGUGGCUAAAUAGAGUGAGCUACCAGUCAGUAAGUUCACUGGAUAGCCUUAAAUAAACCGUUCUCUCUGAGCCUUCCCUCCCCCCGCCCCCGCUGCCACCAUCUGCAGUAAUACUGACUCUUACCUUGCAGAAUUGUUGUAAGGAUUACAACUGGAUAGUGCAUGCAAAGUUCUCUGAAUACUUGAAAGUAUGUCAAGCAUCAUAAUCAUCAAAACCUCCACCCCCAAAGUUGCUUUUCUUCACAAGGCAGAAGAUACAAAACCCCAUAAGCAACUUCGGCUGGUUAUGAAUGAACAUAUAGUUAGCAGAGAAAGUUAAGCAGCCUCUCCCCCAAACCCAUCUUGCAUGUCCUUGAAGUCAUCCAUAGUUGCUUUGCAUUUAAAUAAAAGAACCAAUUGGGUGCAGGAGGGAGAAGAGAAAUUUGGACCUUAACUAACAUCCUAAGACCAGGAAUUGAAUGUUUCUCAAACCGCACAAGUGUGUACACAUAUUUGCUGUUUGCAUUAUCUUGACUGCAGCUCCUUCUUGACUGAACAAUAUAUUCCUCAUGGAGGUGGGGGGAACAGCCCAAGAUCUAUGUGCUUGUUUAUGUGGCUGAGUGAUUGCCAAUUCCUUUUGUGACAUUUUUAGUUUAAUUUGUUUCUGAGUUUUGCUAAAAAGCACUUGCCAAAUGUGUUCCUGGGGGGAUAAUGAACUUUCUAGCACUGCAAUCACUCUUUUAUAAAACCCGUUGUAUAUUUUGAACAUGUAGUAGAGUGUUUGCAAGAUUUGGAUAAUUUAGCAGUUUUGAAAUAAACAUGAAGACAAAUGCCCUUGCUAGCUUCUAAAAUCAAAACUGCCAGACAGACAGACUUUCUCAUGAAAGAGAAAAAAAAUUGCUUACAAACAAA